AUGUCGGAACUUCAAUGCGCAGUCUACGAGGAUCCACAGCUGGGGACGUUUAUCAUCAACAUUGGACUGGCCAUUGGAAUUUUUGCUUCCUAUAUUCCCCAGCAUGUUAAGAUCAUCAAUAGGAGGUCAAGUGAAGGUUUAUCUCCAGACUUCUUACUUCUUGGCUCUGUAUCGGCAUAUAGUGCACUUCUCAACAUAUACAUAUUCACUACACUGGCAAGACAUUGUUGUUUAAAUGGAUUGAACGCGUUCCAAUGCAGCAACUCUCUCACUGGGUUCAUCCAAAUACUAUUACAGGCAGCAGGAUACAUAUUGAUAUUUGUCUUGUGUGUUUUUGCCACAGGAGGCUCGUUGAGACAAUCGAAUCGGGAACUAUCAAAACUAAAGAAUAGAUUUAACAUAUUUUUAUUGUUUGGUGUUGGUUGCUUGGGCGUGUACUGGCUGUUUUUAACGUUUGGUGAUAUGUCCUAUGUAUAUCGCUUAGGUAACUUUUUUGGUUUACUAUCCACCCUUUGUGCCAUUAUACAGUACUACCCUCAGAUGAGAACUACAUACUUAUUAAAACAUGCGGGCUCGUUGUCGAUUCCGAUGAUGUACCUACAAACCCCUGGUGGGUUUAUUUGGUCCUAUAGCUUGUUCUCGCAACCAAAUUCAAAUUGGAGCUCUUGGUUACCAUAUUUAAUGGCAGCUCUUCUCCAGUGUACUUUACUGAUGAUGUGCUUAUACUAUCAAUGGAAAUACCCGACCGCCUUAACGGAAGCAAACGAACAACUAAGGAUUGUCGAAGAAAAUAUGAGAUACAAUCGGGAACACUACGAUUCCAUUUCUUAA